UCAAAUCUGUACGCAUUUCUUUUUAAAAUCAAGAAGUUGUUAUGGCAACCGAGCGAUCAAGCUCAAUCAUCCUCCUUUCUGUUCUUGUACUUGCUUUGGUCUUCUCUCCUACACUUCCAUGUCAAGCAGCUCGAGUGCAUCUCGAUGUUGAAGGGCAUUGGCUGAGAAGACCACCACCACCGCCAAUUCGUUUUUGCCCGGCGUGUGCGUGCUGUGCACCAGCUCCAAAAGGUUCUUGCUGCCCAUGCCGCUGCACCAACAUUAAUCCCUAAUGAAUGUGAUGCUGCUUUCUGCUAGCAUGUGUAUGUGUUUGAUAUAUCUAUGUAUUAUGUAUACUCUUGAAUAAGCAAAUCAAAAGCUUUCU